AUGGUCAACCCAAGAGGGGGAGCUUUCACACCUUCGCCAGCGCAACAAACCAUCGUGACAGGCGUAAGCCAUUCACCGCACGGCUCCCAUCACAGUACAUUUAGUGCUGGCGCGAGUCCAAAUACAAACAGUCCGACAGGAUCAAACUCACUCGCCAAAAUCGUCGUCGCGCAAGUCUACCUCCUGCUCAGCACCAUCAAGGAAGAUAAGGAUCGCACAAAGUGGGAACAACAAGCUGAGCAGCUCAGAAAGCUGAUCGAUGAACACGGCAUGGAAGUAUUUCAAAAAUACUUCAGCCGUCUCGUGGUUGGCAAUGCUCCUCAGAUAUUCCCUGGUCUCAACCGUUCGGUAGCCAAUCCUGGCAACUAUCAGAUACUCGUAUCCGAAGUGCGCAAGGUAUCUCACGAUGUUGACCAGGCUGGGAAAAUUGCAGAGUCCAUCGAGACGGCAAAUGAGGAACUAUUUAGGGAUUUCGACCUCUCAACAUUCAUGGAGCAUUUCAAGCUAGACGCGCUCGAGAAGACAAUUCUAGCUUUGGCAUUCAAGACCACCUCCAGGUCAGAUUUAAAGACAAAAGCCGAUGCCAUUCUAUCCGCCAACUUCGCCCCCUUCUUACAAUCAAUCGCACAGCAUACCCCCGAACACGCCGAUCUCACACCUGCCUUUCUUGCUGCGAUUCUCGAUAGGUUCAUCCAAGAACAUCCUCCUAAUUUCGAUCAACAAGCAAAGCACGAUCUUAUAAUGGCUACACAGUACCGAUACGCAAAUGCUGAACAGGAUAUGACGCAGCCAACUGAAGUUCUUACAUCGCUAUACUUAUUACACAGCCUCAGUGACAACAAUCUCCUUACUUUGUAUAUUCAAAGAAUGGGGCCCUCAUUCACAGCGGAUAUCGAGACAUGCCGAGAUCGUCUGCGCACUGCCAUGUCAAUCAUGAGAAUCGAUGAAGAACAGGUUUCGGCUGCACUGGUUUACACAGCGAUCAGUCAGACCAUCAAAUUCUCGACGUCAACAUUGGUCAACAGCUUGCGCCAGGAAGUUGCGCCAGACUUCAAUUGGCAGAGAGUGAUUGCGUACUUUGACCAGCCGGAUUUUAGAAUCACAAACCAGCAAUUUCUCACCUUGUAUGAAGCGCUUCGACCACUGGCAGCUGAUGAAGUUCUCGACAUCCAGCAUAUGUGGGGCGGGAACUGGCAGAAUUCUGAGACACAACUGUCUUUUAUCAGCGCCUUUGCAUCUCUCACCCCUGAAGAGCUUGAUGCGACAACUAUUCCUGGACUGCAACCCUCGUUCGUUCUGGAUGACUAUGUUGGUUCAGACCCUGAGACUCAAGCCCGUGCCGCUCAAGCAGUGAGACAUCCCUUGGUAUCAGUGGAAGCAUUAUCGGCCAUGUUCCAUGUUGCUUUACAUGAACCAACCGCCUCGGAUACUAUAGAAGCAAAGAGACUCUUCCAAGAGGUUGUCGUACCAAAUCUCGACAUUUUCUUGGUCUCAGCUUUUGCUGUUGCAAAGCCUUGGCCUGAUCUGGCAAUCGACACAAUCAACAACCUGUUUGACCGUUUCUUGUACAAGUACGAUCCCAAUUACGACUUUGUACUUGAAAGCCUGUGGCGCAAAGACAAGGCAUGGGUUGCACAGCGUCUAGUGGAGGCGCAUGCCAAAGCACCCCUGGAGCUACCUACUAUCCUUGACCAUGCGCUCAGGCAUUCAUGGCUGGAUGAACUGGUCUCCAUGUGUAAUGGAUUCGGACUUGAUCUAGCGGCUGUAGCGAACGCUCGUGGGUUCUUGGAUUUGGGGAAGUGGGCAGAAAUCCUAUUGCCACGAAGACAAGAGCUUGCCAACUCCCUCUUAACCUUCCUCAACAUCAAAGCACAACAUGAGCUGGAAUUCCAACGACAAGGCCGACUGCACAGCGUCAUGCUCCCUGUAAAGACUAUAGCUUCUCUCCUAGAGAUUCUAGAGGAAAUCUUACCCAAGUCGCCGUCACAGGAGUUAAUUGUGGUCCAACGCUCAUGCAUCACCGCAUAUCCUCGUCUUAUCAACUAUGGAGAUGAAUUCGACGAUAUCAUUGAUGCCAAUGGCAGGGACAAGAAUUCAUUGCCUCCGGAAGCAAACAACAAGAUGGAGGAACAUUACAAACGCAUGUACAGUGAUGACGUCCCGGUCAAAACCGUUGUCGAAGCCCUCGAUCGCUAUAAGCAUUCACGCGAUCCGGCCGAUCAAGAUGUCUUCGCCUGUAUGAUCCAUGGGCUCUUCGACGAAUAUAUUCUCUAUGGCACAUAUCCCCUGGAGGCGUUAGCGACCACAGCUGUUCUGUUUGGAGGCAUCAUCUCCCAAAAGCUCAUCUCAGGCUUAUCACUGGAGAUUGGUCUUGGCAUGAUUCUCGAAGCUGUCCGAGACCACCCUCCGGAGGAAUCCAUGUACAAAUUCGGCCUCCAGGCACUUAUGCAGCUCUUUUCCCGACUCAGAGAAUGGCCAGGAUUUUGCAAGCAGUUGUUGGCAAUUCCGGGACUGCAAGGAACAGAGGCCUGGAACAAGGCAGAGGACGUCGUCCGCAAUCAACAGGAUGAUGAGCCCCGUCUAAAUGGAGGAUCAGGUAUCACGAACGGCAACAUCGACGACAUGAUAGCUCCUGAACCAACUGCUCCACCUUUCAGGUCAUUGCAUGUGGAACCCCCUCGAUUCGAAACGGAGGCCCCCAGUGAAGAUACCCAGGACAAGAUUCAGUUCGUCUUGAACAACAUCACCUCCGAUAAUCUUAAGACUAAGUUCAUUGAACUGAAAGACUUUGUGGAUGACAACAGCCAGCAGUGGUUUGCAGGUCAUCUCGUCAGGGAGCGAGCCAAGAUGCAGCCAAACUUCCAGGACUUGUACCUCAGCCUGAUUGAGCUUUUCAACAAGAAGGCCCUGUGGGCUGAUGUACUUCGAGAAACAUAUGUCAGCACGUUCAAGAUGUUAAACGCGGAGGCUACCAUGCAAAAUACCGUCGAUCGACAACACCUGAAGAACCUCGCAACAUGGCUGGGUUCUCUCACGCUUUCUCGUGAUAAGCCGAUCAAGCACAAGAACAUCGCGUUCAAGCAACUCCUCACUGAAGGCUACGACACCCAGCGACUUAUCAUUGUAAUCCCCUUUGUCUGCAAAGUAUUGGAGGAAGGCAAGAAAUCAACCGUGUUUAGGCCACCCAACCCUUGGGUCAUGGAUAUCAUCAAAAAUCUCAUCGGACUUUAUGAAAAAGCCGAGAUCAAGCUCAACCAAAGAUUCGACAUUGAGGUGCUUUGCAGGGAGCUAGAGCUAGAUCACAAGACCAUCGAACCCUCAUACGAAGCGUUGGAACGAGCUCCGCUCGUUGAAGAGGCAACUGAUGUGAUGGCCGCCGAAGUCAUGGACAGAUUCGACAACUUGUCAAUGAAUGGUAUGGGUGGUGGGGCUGCCAGCGGGCGAUUCUCGCCUCAAGAAAUCACAUCAUCUAUUCCUGAUCUUGGCCCCAUGCUGGUGUAUCCUCCUGCAAACGACAUGGUCAAUCAAGCUCGUCUGCAAGAGAUUGUGAGAACUGCAAUUACUCGAGCGGUUCAUGAGAUCAUUUCCCCGGUCGUGGAACGUUCUGUCACCAUUGCAGCUAUAUCAACUUGUCAGAUGAUACAUAAGGACUUCGCCACUGAACCCAAUGAGGCCAGAGUACGAUCUGCAGCGAUCAAUAUGGUAAAGAAGACUGCCGGAAGCCUUGCAUUGGUGACUUCCAAGGAACCAUUGCGAGCAAGCAUGACCAACUACAUCCGGGCUUUAUCUGGCGAAUUACCACAGGGUUUGCCAGAAGGUACUAUCAUAAUGUGCGUUAACUCGAACUUGGACCUCGCCUGCAGCCAAGUUGAGAAAAAGGCCGAAGAGCGUGCUGUGCCUGAGAUUGAAGAGAUGAUGGAAGGCGAAUUGGAGGCCCGUCGACAUCACAGGAUCACCCGGCCAGACGAACCCUAUGUUGACCCACACCUGAGCCGCUGGUCGUGGACAAUUCCACACCCGUACAAAUUGCAGCCGAAUAUGAGUGGUCUCAACCAAGAACAAAUGGCCAUCUACGACGAAUUUGCACGCCCACCGCGGGUUGCGGCGAGUCUGAGUGGCACCACUCAUGUUGCAUCAGGGUCGGAUGCCACGAGAUCUAUGGCAAAUGACAUCCUCCAGGACCAGUACCCUUCGGUGCCACACCUUCCAACUUCCACGGAGCCGGCUACAAUGCCACACCUCAACCCUCAGCAAGCAGCAUACGCUCAGCCAAACGCCUCAAUGGUCAAUGGAAGAGUAUCUACAUUGCCUGCAGAUCCCCGAGCAUACGGAGACAGAGUUGAGAAGGCCCUUGCGGAGCUGGCCCGUGUUGCUUCGGAAACACCCGAGCAGCAUUAUCUUGAUCUGCCACGGCCUCAUCCUGUCCUCGACGUUCUGGACCACUUGUACAGUAUGAUCAUCAGAAGUGCCCAAGGACCCGAAGCCUUUGACAUCUUGAUCGUUGACCAUAUCUGCAAAAUCUUAUUUGGUGGUGCUGCACAGGACCUCGUCAUCGAGUGCUUGGUUCACGUUCUCGAGAACAUCUGCAGAAUCGGAGGUCGAACUGCCAGCCGGGUAGCUGUUGUCAUCGCUCACCAGCCAGGAGAGAAUUUGUUGCGCGUGCCAGUCGCUACUUCAUUGAUCAAAGCUGAGAUGAUUGAUUGGCGCAGAAUUGAUGCAGAGGCCUCGAAAGCCAUUUUGGGCAAGAAGGAAGAGUCGCUUCAGUUCCUUUCAUCACUUGUAGACGCAGUCCUACUAAACGAUCGCCCUAUCGCGCUCUAUGCGGAUCUCGUGAGCAGCUUGGAGGCUGCUUGGAAGUGGAUCGAAGAGGAACCCACUCUGGAAGCUGGCCAACAGCUGAAGCAAAAAUUGACCAGCUCUGGCUUGGGCCAAGUGCCUGGCCGCAAUACUGAUGACCGCCUUGCUGCUCGCCAAGACCAAAUGGACUAUGUUUUCGAUGAGUGGGUUCACCUCUGCAACAAUCCGAACGCUUCAGAGAAGGCAGCGUCACAUUUCAUCUCCCAGAUGUACAACAAGCAAAUCAUCAACAACCGGGAUGACUUGUGCUUGUUCUUACGACUGUCUAUCGACUCGAGUGUUGAACGUUUCGAGGUGCACGUUUCGAAUAAUGGUAGCCUCCACGAUGCCUUUAUUCCCACGGACGCUCUAGCGAAGCUGAUUGUUAUGCUCAUUAAGCGUCGUGAGCAGGAAGGUGAGGUCAAGGUUGACAAAGCUGCCUUCCUCAAAUCGAUCAUGUCGCUGAUCGUUCUUGUGCUUAAUCAUCACCAUGUGAUGCGAGGAGAGCAAUUCAACGAGAAGGUGUUCUUCCGAUUAUUUUCGAUGCUGCUCUCAGAGAUCGGCAAUUCUGGAGAUGAGCUUUCUGAAGCCGAUCAUCAGGAGAUCAUAUUGGUGUUCGCAAAGAUUCUUCUGGACGUUCGCCCUUCUUACUUUCCGGGCUUUAUGUUUGCUUGGUUGGCCUUGAUCGCCCAUCGAAACUUCUUGCCUACCCUGAUGAGACUCCCAUCUCAGGCUGGAUGGGAAUCCUUCUCUGACAUAAUGGAGAACAUGAUGCUUUAUGUUGGUGAGCUUCUGAAGCCACUUCAUGUCGCACAAGUGACCAAGGAGAUCUAUCGAGGUGUCAUGAAGAUUCUGGUCAUCUUGCAACACGACUACCCGGACUUCUUGGCUGCUUAUCAUUCCAAGCUCUGUGCCAACAUCCCGGGCCACUGCACGCAGAUGCACAAUAUCAUACUGCAUGCCAACCCGGCACCCUACUCGAAGAUGGCAGAUCCAAUGCAACCCGGUUUGAAGAUUGAUCGUAUCGAGGAGAUUCGAGAAUCGCCCGAGAUUGUGUACGAUGUUGAGGGGCCACUUCGACAAAUCGGAUUGUUCGAUGUCCUUGAUCAAGCUCUGCAGAGCGGCCCGUCAGAGGAUGCGGUUGCACACAUUGCACAUGCGAUCCAACGAUCCAAGAUUCGUCAAUCUGGUGUUGGCUUUGUUUCCAUCAACGUUGAUCAAAAGCUGAUCCAGUCCAUAGUCAUGCAUGUAGGUAUGCACUCAAUCGAAAGAGCGAAUCAGAAAGGUGGUCCAACUUUCGUUCGCGGGUCUCCUGAUGCUGCUCUGCUAUCCAUGCUCGUUCAUGAGCUUCAGCCAGAGGCACGAUAUUUCUUCAUCAAUAGUAUCGUUGACCAGCUUCGAUUUCCCAACACGCAUACGCACUACUUCAGCCAAGCUCUCCUGGAAAUCUUUGGCAGCGACAACGUUGAUCCAGAGGAGUCCGAUAUUCGUCAACAAAUUACUCGAAUCUUGUUGGAGCGCUUAGUUGGCAUGUGGCCGCACCCUUGGGGUCUGAUUGUUACUAUCAUGGAACUUAUCAAGAACGAAAAAUACAUGUUCUUCGAUCUGCCCUUUAUCAAAGCAUCACCAGAGGUUGUUGAUCGUUUCGCUGCAUUGGCAGCGCGUCCAAUGUAA